AUGAAAACACACAAGAAGAGGAGCCUUGCGGCCUCUGCAGGCUAUCCGGGGGUGGAGGUUAGGAAGAAGAAAAAGAAAGGACUUCGCCAAGAGGGUCCGGCGGAGCAAGAAGCCAGCCUCGAGCGCGACGAUGUCACCACACAGGACUCUGCAGAGGAGGCCCAUGAAGACGUUUCUUCGCCGGCAGAAACGCCGGAGGCCUCAGACCGCGCAAGCGCCGCACACGCGCAAGCUGACGAGACAACAAAGAAGCCUGCCGGAAAAGACUCCUUUUUCAGCGACGUCACCUUCGCGUCGCUCGAUAUCUGCGAACCCGUCAAACGGGCACUGGCGGAGAUGAAGAUGGAGCGCCUCACAGAGAUCCAAUCGAAAGCCAUUCCGCGGCUUCUAGAGGGCCGAGACGUCUUGGGAGCGGCGAAAACAGGUUCUGGCAAGACACUGGCAUUCCUCGUUCCUGCCAUCGAGCUGCUGUACCAAGUCAAAUUUCUUCCACGCAACGGGACGGGUGUAAUUGUCAUAUCGCCAACCCGCGAGCUGUCUCUGCAGAUCUUCGACGUCGCCGCAGAAGUCGCCAAGUUUCUGCCCCAGACGCUUGGCCUCGUCAUCGGAGGCGCGAACCGGAAACACGAAGUCGAGAAGCUCCAGAAAGGCGUUAACAUCCUUGUCGCCACGCCGGGCAGACUCCUUGACCACCUUCAGAAUACGAAGGGCUUCCAGUACUCGAACCUGCUCUCGCUGGUCAUCGACGAGGCUGACCGAAUUCUCCAGAUUGGUUUCGAAGAAGAAAUGAACGCGAUUCUUCAGAUGCUCCCGCAGACGCGUCAAACGUGCCUCUUCUCUGCCACGCAAAGCGCCAAAGUGGCAGACCUCGCGCGACUCUCCCUGAAGAAGCCCGUCUUCGUUGAGGUGAAGGACUCUGUCGCGACCGUGCGCGGCAUUCAGCAAGGCUACGUGGUUUGCCCUGCAGAGGAGCGUUUCCUUCUCCUUUUCACGUUUUUGAAGAAGAAUCGCGAAAAGAAGAUCAUGGUCUUCUUCAGCAGCUGCAUGUCUGUGCGCUUCCACGACGAGCUGUUCAACUACAUUGAUCUCCCGACAACGUGCAUCCACGGCAAAAAGAAACAGAACGCGCGCAUGUCGACCUAUUACGACUUCUGCAACGCGGAGAAAGGCAUUCUUCUCUGCACCGAUGUCGCCGCCCGCGGUCUCGAUAUCCCGAAGGUCGACUGGAUUGUUCAGUACGACCCGCCUGAUGACCCCAAGGAGUACAUCCACCGUGUGGGACGCACAGCGCGUGGCGCGGGGGGAAAAGGAAAGGCUUUGCUUUUUCUGAUGGCCGAAGAGAUUGGAUUUCUGCGCUACCUCAAGCAAGCCGGCGUGCCGCUCAACGAGUACACGUUCCCGUCAAACAAAAUUGCCAAUGUACAGAGCCAGCUGGAGAGGCUCAUCGAGAAAAACUACUAUCUCCACAAGGCUUCCCAAGACGCCUAUCGGUCGUAUCUCCACGCCUACGCAUCACACACGCUGAAGGACAUCUUCAACGUGCACUCCCUAGACCUUCAGCGCGUAGCCCGGGCCUUUGGGUUUUCAGUUCCGCCCCGCGUGGAGCUGAAUCUCAAGGCGAAAAGCCGCAGCAAAGUCGACAAGAAGACUCAAAGGUUUUCUGGAACAGGCCACAAAUUCUCCGCUUCGAAUCCCUAUGGCAAAAGAGAGGCUGACGACAAGCGCCAGUUUUCACGGUAG